AUUUCAGAGUACAUUGAGAAAUUAAACUGUACAUUUCAAUAAAAUAAUGGAGAAAUAGAGAUGUUGUCACACUUGUGACGGUCGUGUGCAGACACGUCUCUCUCCGUGUCGCCGCGCCAGACACUUGACAGACACACAAAUAGAACCCUCCGCUGCGGGGGAAAGGUCACCGGCAUGGCUCCCACGGAUCAGGUGGCGACGCGGGGAAAGUGGGCCACCGCGAGGCGGCUCGAGUCCUGAGCCGACCACGAGCAGCCGCGGCCGGCAUGGCGAGCGAGAGGGACGCGGGGGAGCAGGACUGCGCGGCGGAGGGAUACUACGACGACGACGAGGACGACCUGGAGGCGUUUUCAGACGCCGAGCCGGGCUGUGAGGACGGAGUGUUGGGCUUCAGCGACCCUCUGAACGGAGAGGUCAAACCUCGCAUCCUGCUGAUGGGCCUGAGGAGGAGAAGUCCUCCAUCCAGAAGGUGGUUUUCCAUAAGAUGUCGCCCAACGAGACCCUGUUCCUGGAGAGCACCAACAAGAUCUGCAGAGAGGACGUGUCCAGCAGCUCCUUCGUCAGCUUCCAGAUCUGGGACUUCCCCGGCCAGAUCGACUUCUUCGACCCCACCUUGGACUACGAGAUGAUCUUCAGGGGCACCGGAGCGCUGAUCUUCGUCAU